UUGCUAUCGGUGGAGGAGAACCAGAAAGGCUCGGCUCGGAGCAAAAUUCCAAGGUGAAAGAUGAAGGAGAUAAAAAAGAAAUGAUCGGUAUACUUUCAAUGGGUGGACUUGUGAUCUGCAGAAUGCUGACCUAUCCUCCAACUCGAAGAGAAUUGAUUGUGGGUUGUGGUCUACAAAUGUUCCAGCAACUUGCAGGGAUUAACACAGUCAUGUACUACAGUGCUACCAUUAUGCAGAUGUCUGGUGUUCAAGAUGACCGGCUUGCAAUUUGGCUUGCUGCAGUGACAGCACUGACUAACUUCAUUUUCACUCUGGUUGGAGUCUGGCUGGUUGACAAAGUGGGCCGUAGGAAACUCACACUUGGAAGUUUAGCAGGCACUACCUUUGCACUUCUUGUUCUGGCUUUGGGAUUUUUGCUGUCCGCUCAGGUUUCACCACAAGUUACUCUUAAUCCUGAAGGCCCUUCAGGUCCAAACUCUAGCUGCACAAAAUACAGUUACUGUAAUGGGUGCAUGCUGGAUCCAUUUUGUGGCUUUUGCUAUAAACUAAACAAGUCAAGUGUUGUGGAGUCCUCCUGUGUUCCUGUUAAUAAGAAAUCUACAAUAGAAGCUGCUUGGGGCAGAUGUUCAAAUGAGACCAAACUCAAAACUGGGGACACGUUUUGGGCUUAUAAUUUCUGCCCAACUCCAUACUCGUGGACAGCACUCCUGGGACUUAUUUUAUAUCUGGUUUUCUUUGCACCAGGAAUGGGACCAAUGCCUUGGACAGUAAAUUCUGAAAUAUACCCCCUUUGGGCUAGAAGUACAGGAAAUGCAUGUUCUUCUGGCGUCAACUGGAUUUUCAAUGUUCUGGUGUCACUAACAUUUUUGCACACAGCUGAGUAUCUUACAUACUACGGAGCAUUCUUCCUAUAUGCAGGAUUUGCUUUUGUGGGAGUCAUUUUCAUCUAUGGCUGCCUUCCUGAGACGAAAGGAAAGAAGCUAGAAGAAAUUGAAUGCUUGUUUGAGAGCUCACUGUGUACAUGUGGUAUUUCAGAUUCUGAUGAUGGGAGGUAUAUAGAAUAUAUCCGAGUAAAGGGAAGUAAUUAUCAUCUUUCUGACAAUGAUGCUUCUGAUGUGGAGUGA